AUGGUAGCAGCGCACACUUCUUCACAUUCGUCGGAAUCUGGCGAGUGGAUUAUUUGUCUGGAUAAAAGACCAGCAGAGCGCUCUGGAGAAGAUGUUGACAUAAUCCUGGCACGUCUGAAAAACGUGAAGGCCUUCGAAAGAUUCCACCCCAGUUUGCUGCAGCAGAUUUGCCUGUGUGGAUUCUAUGAGUGCUUGGAAAAAGGCAUCACCUUGUAUCGCCAAGGAGACAUCGGCACCAGCUGGUAUGCCGUCCUUUCUGGUUCACUGGACGUCAAAGUUUCAGAGACAUCAAGUUAUCAGGAUGCUGUUACUAUAUGCACGCUUGGCACUGGCACGGCAUUUGGGGAGUCGAUCUUGGAUAACACCCCCCGGCACGCCACUAUUGUCACACGGGAAUUCAGUGAGCUCCUACGCAUUGAGCAGAGGGAGUUCAGGUCUCUGUGGGAGAAAUAUCAUCAGUGCAUGGCUGGACUGCUCGCCCCACCCUAUGGUGUGAUGGAAAGUGGUUGUAGCGGUGACAGAAUGCCGGACAAAGAGAACAUAAGCCACAACUCAUUUGUUUCUGUCUCCAAACAUCAGAAUAAGAAGUCAUUCAUUGAAAGUCCAGCCAAAUCCCACCUUAAAUGCAUUUCUCAGGUACCCUCUGAGAAGAUACUGCGGGCGGGGAAGAUUCUCCGAAACGCCAUCCUCUCCAGGGCGCCUCACAUGAUCAGAGACAGGAAGUACCAUUUGAAGACGUACAGGCAGUGUUGUGUGGGGACAGAGUUGGUUGACUGGCAAUUGCAGCAGAGCUCAUGCAUCCACUCUCGUAUUCAGGCAGUGGGCAUGUGGCAGGUGUUGCUGGAAGAAGGUGUUCUCAACCACGUGGACCAAGAGCUGAGCUUCCAGGACAAGUACCUUUUCUACCGCUUUCUGGAUGACGAGCAGGAGGAUGCUUCUUUUCCGGACGAGGAGGAGAGGAAGGAGAGCCAAGAGGAGCUGCAGGACACCCUGCUGCUCCUCUUGCAGAUUGGACCUGACGCCCACAUGAGGAUGAUUCUGAGGAAACAGCCGACUGAAAGAACUGCAGAUGAUUUAGAGAUAAUUUAUGAAGAGCUGCUCCAUAUAAAGGCCUUAUCUCACCUGUCAACCACUGUAAAGAGAGAACUGGCAGGAGUGCUGAUCUUCGAGUCUCAUGCUAAGGCAGGCACAGUGUUGUUCAAUCAGGGCGAGGAGGGCACAUCAUGGUACAUUAUUUUGAAAGGCUCAGUCAACGUUGUUAUCUAUGGAAAAGGUGUUGUUUGCACUCUACAUCAGGGAGACGACUUUGGGAAGCUCGCUCUCGUCAAUGACGCCCCUCGCGCUGCCUCCAUUGUCCUGCGAGAGGACAACUGUCACUUCCUGACAGUCGACAAGGAGGACUUCAACCGGAUUUUGAGGGAUGUGGAGGCCAACACGGUGCGUCUGAAGGAGCACGGUCAGGAUGUUCUGGUGUUAGAGAAGAGUCUCAGCAGCAGUCGAACCUCCAGCCACGGAGCCUCUUCCUCCCAUUACAAAUACAAGGUAAUGUCGGGGACUCCGGAGAAGAUUUUGGAGCACCUCCUCGAAAUGAUGCGAUUGGAUUCUCAUUUCACCGAGUCAGACUCAGCCUUAGAUGACUUUGUGCUCACGCACUGUGUCUUCAUCCCAAACAGUCAGCUUUGUCCGGUGUUGAUGGCCCAUUACCAUGCCCAGGCUUUGCAGGGCUCUGAACAGGAAAAGCUGGACUACACGCUUAACAACAAGCGCAGGGUGAUCCGCCUGGUGAUGCAGUGGGCUGCUGUACAUGGAGAUCACCUGCAGGAGGAGGACAUCUCUGGGGCUUUCCUAGAGGAGUUUCUCAUGGCGGUAUCUAAUGAUGCCAAAGCAGUUCCAGCCCUCAGGGAUCAACUCGCAGAACUAGAGAGAAUCGUAAAGCGAAACACUGAAGAUGCCAGAGUCUCACAGAAAAAGCACAAAGUCCUACUACGGCAGUUCAGUAUGGGAGACGAGAAGCUUCAAAAACGUCAGCCCAUCAAGAGCAAUGAUGAAAUUCUGCUCAAAGUCUACUGCUGUGACCACACCUACACAACGAUUCGUGUCCCUGUGGCCGCCUCAGUCAGGGAGGUCAUCGGUGCCGUGGCCGACAAGCUGGGGUCAGCAGAGGACCUGCUCCUGGUCAACCUCAGUUCGGCAGGAGAGAAAGUCAUCUUCAAGCCUAAUGAUGUUUCAGUGUUCUCCACUCUCAGCAUAAAUGGACGGCUGUUUGCCUGCCGGAGGGAUCAGUUGGAUUCUUUGACCCCUUUACCCGAGCAGGAGGGUUCCUCUACAGGCCUGUUGGCCAGCUUUGAGUUAAUGAGCUCCAAAGAUGUGGCGUACCACAUGACUUCCUAUGACUGGGAGCUUUUUCACUGUGUACAUGAGCUUGAACUCGUCUACCACACAUUUGGGAGGCAAAACUUCAAGAAAACCACCGUGAACCUGGACCUGUUCCUGAGGAGGUUUAAUGAAAUUCAGUUCUGGGUGAUCACAGAGGUGUGUCUGUGCUCUCAGCUCAGCAAGAGGGUGCAGCUUCUCAAGAAAUUCAUCAAGAUUGCUGCUCACUGCAAGGAGUUCAGGAACCUGAACGCCUUCUUUGCCAUCAUUAUGGGAUUAAGUAACCCAGCAGUGUGCAGAUUGAGUCAAACCUGGGAGAAACUUCCCAGCAAAUUCAAGAAGUUUUACGGGGAAUUUGAAAACCUGAUGGACCCGUCCAGGAACCACCGGGCGUACCGACUGACAGUUGCCAAGCUGGAACCUCCCAUCAUUCCCUUCAUGCCGCUGCUGAUCAAAGACAUGACAUUCACUCAUGAGGGCAACAAGACGUUUAUCGACUAUUUGGUCAAUUUUGAGAAAAUGCGGAUGAUUGCUAACACGUUGAAAAUAGCGAAAUACUGUCGGAGCCAACCAUUCAGCCCAGAUUCACCUCUGGCCAGCAAGAACCACCAAGAAGUUCGGACAUACGUACGUCAGCUCAAGGUGAUCGACAAUCAAAGGACGCUAACUCAGCUCUCCCACAGACUUGAGCCCCGCAGGUCUUGAAACCACUCAGGGACAGAAAUGUUACACUCUGAUGCUGCUUCACUAAACGACAUGCGCUUGCAUUUGGAUGCAUUUACAACCAACACAGGCAAUCACAUGAGUUUGUCAGAUAAUGGGAUAUUGUUUCAGAUGCCUGACUUGUUAAGCCUUUUAUUACAGUAAUUUGUGAUACUUUAACAGCAGUAAUUGUUGGUGGGUGAAGUACCUCUCAUAUCACAGAGCUGCAAGUCAAACAAGAGGGACAAUUGAGGGAAUUAACAAGCUUUUGAGGGGAUCUCAUUCAUCAGAUUAACAUUUCAGACGUAAACACCAUGUGACGCUGAUGCUUUAAAAUGCAAAGUCUUGAUAUUCCUGAUAUUCAGUUGUUUCAUAUCUUUUGUAUCAAACAAUAUUUAUACAUAUUUAAGCUUGUGAGAAUCUUGUGUGUUGUAAACUGUAUGCAAAUAUUUAUUUUGACAUCAGCAUGCAAAGAGUUAUUAUGAUUGUUUGCCUUUUUAUUCAUGUGAGCUUAUUUCUCAUUGGAGAUACAGUAAAUGUUUGACAACCUUUUGUGUGCUGAAAGUAUUAAAUAUUUAGAUGUAUUUA